AUGAUCAGACGGGACAGCACACUUGGCAGAGAUGACAAAACCUGGUGGAGGCAGGAGACGUCGACAACCCAGCAUCACCUGAAGAACUGGAAGGUGUUGUUAUGGGUGGUGGCGUCGUUGCUGACACUGGUGGAAGAUGUGUUUUCUGAGGACAGUAAAGAGGCUCAGUCGGAGAUUCAGCGUGUCCUCAAGCAGCCCUCCUGGUCUCCUGCAGAGGACCUGGAACAGGACAGCAGUGUCCACAUUCCCUGGCCUGAUGCCUUUGAAGAAUUGUCACUGUCGAAGGAAGAGGAAAUUCACCAGGAUAGAUGGCGGCGCUCCCCCCGUAAACCACACUUGCCCAGAACAUCAAGGAAGAACCGCACGAAGACCAAAAGCAGCCGUGACUGCCAUUUGGAGAGGAAGGAGAUGCGGGUGCGGGAUCUUGGCCUCGGCUAUGAUUCAGAUGAGAUAAUCCUCUUUAAAUACUGUGUUGGCACAUGCCACAGCUCCCGCAGGAACUAUGACCUGGCCCUCAAGACUAUGAUGGACAAUGGGAGCAUCUCCGGAAAAAAGGUCAGCGGUCACCCCUGCUGUCGGCCUACCCGCUAUGAGACUGUGUCCUUUAUGGACACCCAGACUACAUGGCAGACAAUUAAGUGGCUCUCUGCAGCCAACUGCAGCUGUGUGGGCUGA